AUGCUCGGGCGAAUGAGCGGCUCAUUCGCCCGAGCAUGCUCAAGUGGAUACAAGGCUUUACGUAAUCUCUCUGAAGAUUCGAUAACGGAAAAUUGUAGAGAAGACCUCUUAGCUCGGAUUGGUGAGGCCCAUACUCUAAAAGCCAUCACGUUGUCCAUCACUACCAGAGCCAUUAGAUUUGGGCUAGCUCACCUUAGCUUUAUAGCUGUAUCAUACCAUGAAAUCGCCGUCCCAAGUGUUUAUGCACAAUAUCGUGUGUUCCUCGCAGUAUUGGAAGCUAAGCUAGAAAAGCUUAAGCAUGAUUAUCCUAUCGCCGCGCGCGAUACGGAAUUAGCCUAUAAUUAUAGAGUUAAUAGCGAUCUGCUGCAUGUCGCGCAAACCGCCGUAGUGGCCCCUGAGCCCAUGAAGAGAGUCAUCAAUGCAGUUGGCAUUUUACAAUACGACGAAGGAGUUUACAUCCCAACGGUCGCCCGAGAAGCCACCGAUGACCGCGGACGUUUCGUUCCGUGUGCUGAAUCUAUUUUAUACUCAUAUGCAAGCACCUGGAAUGGCAGAAACUACUACAUUCAACCGAUUGCAUCACACAACUAA